GGUUUCCUGCGGGGGUCCCGGGACUCCCCCGGCCCAGGUGGCGGUGCCGGCCCGCACGUCCCCAGCGCAGGAUUGCGACAGACAAGUGCGGUCUGGCUGCUGCUGAAUCACCCAAAAACCUCCCCCUGGCCCCAAAAGGGGGGUGUGGGGUUCCCGGAGAGGACAGGGGGGUCCAAGACGGGUUGAGGGGAGUCAGUGCCGGCGUUUCCUGGCGGGGGAGAAGGGAACCCCAAAAUCCAGAUAACACCCCCGUGCGCCCCUCAGAACCCGCCAGCCGCUCCCACUCCGGUCAUGAAUUGGUGACUCUCGGCCCUCAGGGAGCAGGGGCUGGGGGUUCUGGAGGUCUCAUCCCCCGGGGGGUCCCCACCAGCCUCACCCACCCUUGACCCCCCAAAAUCUUCCCGCUGCAGCCGCCACCAUGUCGGCCGAGAGCGCCGCGGUGCCGGCAGAGGCCGGGCAGGAGAUGAAGAGCGUGGUGAGCCGCGUGGCCAACCUGGCCCUGGUGAGCUGUGCGUGCGGGGCCGUGGCCUCGGCGUACGGGCGCACCAAGGAGAGCCACCCGUGCGUGCGCUCCGUGUGCGCCGCCGCCGAGAAGGGCGUGAAGACUCUGACGGCAGCGGCAGCGAGCGGGGCCCAGCCCCUCCUCACCCGGCUGGAGCCCCAGAUUUCCACCGCCAACAAAUUCGCCUGCAAAGGGCUGGACAAGCUGGAGGAGAAGUUGCCCAUCCUACAGCAGCCCCCCGGCAGGGUGGUGGCCGGGACCAGGGAGCUGGUGUCGUGCACGGUGAGCGGGGUGGUGGCGAGGACGCGCUCGGCGCUCGGGGCCGUGGCGGGCACCCGCGUGGGGCGGCUGCUGGCCACGGGCGUGGACACCGUGCUGGGCAAAUCGGAGCAGCUGCUGGAUCGGUACCUCCCCGGGACGGGCGAGGAGCUGGAGGUGGCCACAGAGGUGGCCACAGGCACGGAGGUGACCACGGGCACGGAGGUGACCACAGGCACGGAGGUGACCAGGAGCACAGAGGUGACCAGGAGCACAGAGGUGACCACAAGCGCGGAGGUGACCAGGAACACAGAGGUGACCAGGGGCACAGAAGUGACCACAAGCACGGAGGUGACCAGUGGCACAGAGGUGACCAGGGACACAGAGGUGGCCGUGCAGGAGCAGCAGAGGCGGUGGCAGAGCUACUUUGUCCGCGUGGGCUCCCUGACAGCCAGGCUGCCACACCGGGCCCUGCGGCGCUCGCUGGGGGACCUGCAGCGGGCACGGCUCCGCGCCCAGCGCCUCCUGGCCCAGCUCCACCACGUCAUCCGGCUGAUUGAGGAGGGGCAGCAGGGCACGGCCGGGCCCUGGCACGGCGCCCGGGAGCACCUGCACGGGCUGUGGCUGGAGUGGAGCCAGCAGGAUGAGGUGCCCAUGGAGGACAGCGAGGUGGAGGCUCGGACUCUGGCCAUGCUCCAGGGGCUCCUGCACCAGCUCCACGCCGCCUGCUCCCACCUGGCCGCCGGCGCCCGGGCAUUCCCCAGCAGCGUGCAGGAGACGGCGGGACACGUCCGGCACGGCGUGGAGGGCGUCCAGGCCUCGCUGGCCAGCGCCCGCUCCUUCCAGGACCUGUCGGGGCUGGUGCUGGCGCAGAGCCGGGACGCGGUGACGCGGGCGCAGCUGAGCCUCGAGGGGCUGCUGGAGCACGUGGGGCAGCACACGCCCCUGCCCUGGCUCGUGGGACCCUUCGCCCCCGCGCUCGUGGAGUACCCCGAGGAUGUCCCCGUGGAUAUGUCCAAGUGGGAGGGCUGUGUCACCGUGGGGGGGACGCACCCGGUGCCCGCCGCCCCCCAGGUGUGCAGCCAGCACUGAGCCACUGAGCUGGGGGAGCGCCCACCCGGAGCCACGACCCCAAAUCCCACCGGGAACGAGGGCACGAUGGACUUGGUGACCCGGCGUGGGACCCCAAUGGUGGCACAUGGAGGACACGGCGUGACUCUGUCUGGCAUCCAGGACUGCCCUAAGCCCCAGGAGCACAGGGAUUUCGUGUUUUAACAGCUUCAAACCGGUUUUAAGAGGAAGAAAACAACUUUUUUGGCCUUAAAA